AUGGCUCGUCUUCUUGGGCUCACUUUUGUCACUUCCUACCUUUCGCUCACCAGUGCUCUACUUUCUGAUGGACGUCCACACGGCAACACCAUGCCCAUGCCAGUGAUCCCUGUCAUCGACAUGAAGGAUACAACCAGCUAUGCAAAGACUUCUUUGGCAGAUGAACUAGCGCCAUACAACACGGUUUAUUAUUUCGACCAACUUAUCGACCAUAAUGACCCAUCGCUUGGAACAUUCCAGCAAAGGUAUUGGCAUACUUAUGAGUUUUAUGAGUCAGGCGGGCCAAUUAUUCUUAUGACGCCGGGGGAAGCCAACGCAGCUCCUUACUAUGGGUACCUCACGAACCGUACGAUCAAUGGCCUUAUCGCCCAACAGGAACAUGGAUCAGUUAUCGUUGUAGAACACCGAUUUUACGGCCUUAGCAACCCCUACCCUGACCUUACUGUCGCGAGCUUGAAAUAUCACACUAUUCAACAAGCUAUUGAUGAUCUGGAAUAUUUCGCUGAGAAUGUCGUGCUUCCGAUGCCCAAUGGUGACCAAGUUGGCCCCGAUAAAGCCCCGUGGAUCCUUACUGGUGGCGGCUAUGCAGGUGCUUUGACUAGUUGGACCAUGGUGAAUAAGCCAAACGUAUUUUGGGCGGGAUAUGCAUCGUCAGCUGUCGUCGAAACAAUAUUCAAUUUCUGGAGAUAUUUCGAACCCAUUCGGCAGAACAUGCCAGAAAACUGUUCUGCUGAUGUUGCCGCUGUGAUUGCCUACGUGGAUGAGGUAUUCUCUGGCGAGGAUACAACAGCUAUCAAUGCGAUUAAAGACGAAUUUGGUCUGAGUGAGAUGACACACCUCGAUGAUGUGGCUGGGGCGUUAAGGAACAAUCUGUGGGACUGGCAGUCUCUUCAGCCUACAUCUGGUGCUGGCGCUCAGUUCUUCGAAUUUUGUGAUGCCCUAGAAGUAAAGGACGGUGAAAAUGCACCCGAAGCAGGGUGGGGCCUGGACCAUGCGCUUCCAGCCUGGGGUACCUAUUUCAAAGAUGAUUAUUAUUCCUUGCUUUGCGGUGACGAUGGGGCUGAGGAUUGUUUGGGUACAUAUAAUGCAUCUCAGAAUUUAUGGACUAACACGAGCAUCGACAACGCGUACCGCUCAUGGAAUUGGAUUGUCUGCAAUGAAGUUGGUUUCUAUCAAGACGGACCUCCUGUAAAUGUUACAGUAACACCUAUUGUGACGCGUCUCGUCAACGUCGAAACAUUCUACGAUCAGCGCCAAUGCCAAAUGCUUUUUCCCGAGGCUUUUCCCGACCCGCCUUACCCGGACACAAGUAAUAUCAAUACAUUGUACGAAGGGUGGGACGUCAGUCUCGAUAGAAUUUUCUUUGCGACAGGCACUCGCGAUCCUUGGAGAGAGGCUACUUUAUCUGCUCAAGGACUGAACAUUCCGAGCACCGAGGAAAUGCCCAUUGGACUUUCGGAUGGUUUCCAUUGUUCUGAUUUGUCCACCACGUCGGGCACAGUAGACGCGACUGUAAGCAAGGUGCAAGCUUCCGCUUUGGCAUCUAUGAACACAUGGCUGAAAGAAUGGGAAUGA